UGGGAGGGGAGUGUCAUCGUACCCCGCAAGUGACGUCAUGUCACCUGCUGCCGCGUGACGUCGCGAGGGACCAGGAAGUUGCCGCUCCGCCCGUGAACUGAAAUCCGAGGCCAAGCCCGCUUGAGCUGCUAUACCGCUCUUGUUUUCAGAAGCGACCUGCCCACAACUACAACAACAAGCUGUCGCUUCCUCUGCAGAAUUGGUCUGAUGGAGCAAAGGCACUCGGCGCGGCUCGGUGCAAAAAGGCAACAAUGCGACCUGCGUGCCAACAGCACAGAUCGUACUGAACAUUUGACACAGCACCAGAGAACUCACACAGCAGAGAAACCCGUCAAGUGCAGUGUGUGUGGGAAAACGUUUGCACAGUCAUCUACUCUUGUAAAACACCAGAGAACACACACGGGAGAGAAACCCUUCAAGUGCAGUGUGUGUGGGAAGGCAUUUUCACAGUUAGCUACUCUUGUAGCACACCAGAGAACACACACGGGAGAGAAACCCUUCAAGUGCAGUGUGUGUGGGAAGGCAUUUUCACAGUCAACUAAUCUUGUAGCACACCAGAGAAUACACACGGGAGAGAAACCCUUCAGGUGCAGUGUGUGUGGGAAGGCGUUUGCACAGUCAUCUGCUCUUAACAAACACCAGACAACACACACGGGAGAGAAACCCUUCAAGUGCAGUGUGUGUGGGAAGGCGUUUUCACAUUCAGCUAAUCUUGUACCACACCAGAGAACACACACGGGAGAGAAACCCUUCAGCUGCACUCUGUGCGGGAAGUCGUUUGCACUUUCACCAAAUCUUCAAAGACACCAGAGAACACACAAUGAAGAAAAGCCAUUCAAUUGCUCUGUGUGUGGGAAGUCCUUUUCACGGCCAUCACAUCUUCAGAGACACCAGAGAACACACACGGGCGAGAAGCCAUUCCUGUGCUCUGCGUGUGGGAAGGCAUUUGCACAAUUGUCAACUCUUCAAACUCAUCAGAGAACACACAUGGGCGAGAAGUCAUUCCAGUGCUCUGUGUGUGGGGAGGCAUUUGCACACUCGUCAACUCUUCAAGACCAUCAGAGAACACACACGGGCGAGAAGCCAUUCCUGUGCCCUGUGUGUGGGAAGGCAUUUGCACAAUCGUCAACUCUUCAAGACCAUCAAAGAACACACACGGGCGAGAAGCCAUUCCUGUGCCCUGUGUGUGGGAAGGCAUUUGCACACUCGGUAACUCUUCAAGACCAUCAGAGAACACACACGGGCGAGAAGCCAUUCCUGUGCUCUGUGUGUGGGGAGGCAUUUGCACAGGCAUCAACUCUUCAAAACCAUCGGAGAACACACACGGGCGACAAGCCGUUCCUGUGCUCUGUGUGUGGGAAGACAUUUGCACACUCAUCAAAACGGAAGAGGCAUCAGAAGGUCCACGAUGAUAGGAAGCUGAAAUCAAAAGCUGAAAUUCAAGGUGCUGCAAUGAGUCCUGAAGAUAAUUCCACCUUCGAUCCCAUGCAGUUGGAUCCCGAGAGAUGGCUGGAUGUAAUGGAGUGGCUCGAGGAUCGAACCGAGAGCUAGCGGUGACUGAAAUAUAAUGUUGCAUGCGGUUAUACCUAUUAAGCUGUCUUGAGUACUUUUGUGUGUAAUUCUGACCCUUUGGUUUUGCAGUUCGUUUGAGAGUUUAUUGACGUGCAGGUAGUGAUUACUUGGUGAAGUGGUGUGAUGAGCAGUGGUUGUGUGAUGGUUCAAUUCCAGACAAUAUUGUUGUGUUUAAGUCUUCCUGUUGAGCUAAAGUUGGAAUGCAUCUGUAGUUAGAUCUUUACUAAACAUUUUUUUUACGUUUUUUUUUCAAGUAUAAAGCUUUUUUUGGUUGGUAAUAAUCGACUUUAGGAUGUACAUUGAUGACGCGUUCGUUGGACUUCAACAUAGACGAACAGUGAACAAACGUGGUGAACUAAUAAGGAAAUCAUGGGGAAUUAUACUUUAACGCUUUGGUAUUCCUGGAACGGAUAUGGUUUGCAUUGUACUGUAACUGUUUGAGCAUAUGACAUAAUAAAUAUUCCAUUCGAGUUUUGACGUAAAAGUGAUUGCAGAUGAAUAAAAACGUAUUUUAACAAAUGUGUGUCCGUUUAUUUAUUUUAUAAUGUUUAUAGCAAAAACGUGUUUUAAGCGAGUUUUAGGUGGAGGAUCGUCGUCACACAAAUCUGCCCUUAACCGGCAGCAUCUUGGCUGUCUCUCCAUUAACAUGUGUCCCUGGAGGGGAAAGGUCCCCAUUAUAAAUCUAUUCGCAACGUUAC